CGAUGUGCUGUUCCAAGAUGGCUGCGACCUCAGCAGGACGCGUUCUGUUACUUUGCAGGCAAUUUCAAAAGAGUUUCUCGAUAUCCACAGCUUUGCCGUUACAACAAACUAGCGUCUUAACGUCAUGCAAAGCACAACUGUUUGCAUUCAGACCGAAGUUCUCCCUUCUGCACGUAAACAACGUGGGGACCAGCCUUGCCCAACAGUGCAGAACGCUGCAUACUUCUCAGUGGCGAAGAGGACUGGAGGAGUUUUUUGAUGAAACCUCAAACUGGGGAGAACCAACUGUCAAGUCAGGUGCUCCGUGGACUGCAAAGCAGCUUAGGACUAAGAGCAGUGAAGACUUACACAAACUGUGGUAUGUCCUUCUGAAAGAGAAGAAUAUGUUGUUGACUAUCGAGCAGGAAGCGAAGAGACAGAGGGUACAGAUGCCAAGCCCAGAGCGUUUAAAGAAGAUUGAAAGGUCCAUGAAAAGACUGGAUACCGUUGUCCAAGAGCGUGAGAAUGCACUGAGGUUACUGCAGACUGGCCAAGAAAGGGCAAGACCUGGUACCUGGAGGAAGGACUUUUUGGGACGAACAUUCUGGUACAGAUUUAAGGAGUACCCUAUCCCAUGGUACCUGAACAGAAGAUACAAGAGGAAACGAUUCUUUACACCGAAAUUUGUCGACAGUUUCAUAAGGCUCCGUAUUGAAAGCCACCUGCACAGAAAGAUCUUGAAGAAAAAGGCAGAUUUGGAAAAGAGGAGGAAAUUGCAGGAUAAGUUUUCCAAACUGUCUGCCAGAACAUAAGACAUGCAAGAGGACUGCAUUGAACCUAGUUUUCAUACAUCAUAAAAAAGGCUUAGUUUUCAUUUUGUGAAUGUAGUUAUAUUGCUCUGAUCUGUGUCAGCAUUUUCUCCUGCGUUUGUACUCUCAUCUAUUACAAUAAUGACAAAUUAUCAUGCCCUUUUAACGAUGUUUAGACAUGUUGAUGAGAUUUGACAUACAUUUGUGUUAAUGUUGUUGUAAGCCAUAAAUAAAACAUUGUUUUUUCA